AUGGCUGACCAAUGCGUUGUGGGCUGGGUCAACCCUUCACCUCACAUCCCCUCCCAGUGCCUCCUUUAUAACGCUUAUUUCUUCUCUUUUUCCAAGGCCGUUUUUAACACCUCGAAACACGGAGGCGCAGCUGAGGGCAGGUGUGUGGCAGAGGGCGUGGCCGGCUUUACCUGUGCUGCAGACGAAGCACCACUUCUCUACCAAGUAACUGCAUGUCAGUCUCUAUCUCCGUCUCCAGCUCUGACCCGGUUGUGUCUGCAGUCACCUCUUGGCCUCCACUGCCUGCUCAACUCUUCAGUCUCCUGCCUUCUGAUUUGA